UCCAGCUCCACCCUUUCUGAAGCUACUGUAGGAAUCGUUCAGUUAGACCUAUUUUUGUGUGUUGAGUCAUGCUGAUAAAAUGUAGUACAGAUAAAAUGUAAUAAAGCAAAAUGAGGAUAUAUUUUCCACAUCACCAGCUGCUCUGUCUUUUCAUGUCAGAGAUCUUCAGCUCGGUUGGUGUCUCUUCAGUUCAGGAGGUGAUCGGUGCUGUAGGCCAGUCUGUUACGUUUCCUAUCAGUGUUCCUGUUUCUGGGACUAUACUUUAUAAAGGUGACACAGUUGGACAGGUGUUGAAUAAACAGAGUGAGAUAAACAGUGAGAAGUUUCAGAAUCGUCUUCAUUGGGUCAGUCAGAGUGGGUUCUUCACUCUCUCAGACCUGAGAACAGAUGAUUCAGGACUUUACACAGUUCACAGCACUAAAGAGCUGGAGGGAAAACAGGAGUAUCAGCUGGAGGUGUACGAGAGAGUUUCAGCUCCUCUGGUGAACACAACCAGUAGUUCUUCAGAGUUCUGUUCAUUACUGUGUUCUGUGAGGAACGUCAGAGGACUGAAGCUCAUCUGGUAUGAAGACUAUGUUUUAUUAAACCAAACUAGCAGCAGCUCCACAUCCAACAUCACACUGAAUCUUCAUCUAGAAAUAAAGAAGACGGAGAAUCACAGAGAGAGAACCUUCAGCUGUGUGUCUUCCAACCCAGUCAGUAAGGAGACUACAAUCACCAUCACACACGUCUGCUCUCUGAACACAGAUCCUCGUCCUCCUGAUUGGCUAAGAAUUCUGAUUCCAGUCCUGGUGUCUGUGCUUUUAGUCAUAGCAGUAAUCGUGAUGGUUGUGUAUCUGAAGAAAAGGAAACAAAAUGAAGCCAGUCCCCAGACAGAAGUCUCCUCUGCAACUGAAGGACUGAAUGAAGAAAUACUGUAUUCUGUGAUAAAUCAUAAAAACCCCACUCAGACAAAUAUACGAGAACGUGCCGAUGAUGAAGCAUGUGCACUAACGACGGUUUAUGACCGAAUUAGACCAGAGAGAACAUCAGACUGCGACAAUAACGGAACAGAAUAAACCAGAACUGAAGGCUGUGAAUAUAUUAUAUAUUUAACACCAGUUAUAAAUGUAACUGUGUUUAUGAAAAUGCUCCAUAUUCACGUUAAAGGAAGGUUUUUUUGAUGGCUUUUGAGGGCUUUUUUUAGUUUAAUGCCACAGAAAAAGAUUUCAUGAAAGUCCCUUAAUUUCCUAAUGGAGUUAAUUUAUUGAAAUAAACCCCUUUUUAUAUACCGCUACAAA